GUUUGUGCCAGUUGUCCCCUCAAUUGGACGUCUGUGAAAAAACCGCGAGGCUUACCAAGUUAUUGAAAAGUCAGAUACAUUAAAACUUGUCAUAUUUUCGUGUCGGCGCCGGAUUUUUGAUAAGUAGGCACGUGCACUUUAGCCGGAAGCCAAGAUGCCACUGUCCAGGUCUCUGUCGAUGACAUCACUAAGUGGCCUGCCAAUUUGGGAGGAUGAAAAGUUACCUGUGGAAGAUUUACUCCUGUUUGAGGUUGCUUGGGAGGUAACUAAUAAAGUUGGAGGAAUCUACACAGUAAUCCAGACAAAGGCAAAACUGACUGUGGAUGAAUGGGGGGAGAACUUCUUCAUGGUGGGGCCGUACUAUGAGCACAACUUCAAGAUGCAGGUGGAGGAGUGUGAGGCACCAAACCCAGCCAUAAAGAAGGCCAUGGAUGCCCUGAACAACAAUGGCUGUCAGGUGCGCUUUGGCCGCUGGCUGAUUGAGGGCAGCCCCUAUGUCAUUCUGUUUGAUAUCGGCUCUGCUGCCUGGAACUUGGACAGGUGGAAGGCGGAAUUCUGGGAUACCUGUGGGAUCGGACUUCCAUUCCAUGACAGAGAAGCCAACGAUUCCCUUAUCUUCGGAUCACUGAACGCUUGGUUCUUCAAAGAGCUGACAGACCAGCUCCAGGGCGCGCCCCAUGUCAUCGGUCACUUCCACGAGUGGCAGACGGGACCGGGGCUCAUACUGUGCCGUUCGCGGAAGAUCCCCAUGGCAACCAUCUUUACCACACACGCCACCCUGCUGGGCCGGUACCUGUGUGCUGCGAAUGUGGACUUCUACAAUAAUCUGGACAAGUUCAACAUCGAUCACGAGGCUGGGGAAAGGCAGAUUUACCACCGGUACUGUCUGGAGCGAGCCUCUGUCCACUGCUCCCACGUCUUCACCACCGUCUCUGAGAUCACCGCCAUCGAGGCUGACCACAUGCUGCACAGGAGGCCAGACGUGGUAACACCAAACGGUCUGAACGUGAAGAAGUUCUCCGCUGUGCAUGAGUUUCAGAAUCUGCACUCCACAAACAAAGGCAAAAUCCAGGAGUUUGUCCGAGGACACUUUUAUGGACAUCUGGACUUCAAUUUGGAGAAAACUCUAUUUUUCUUCAUUGCUGGCCGGUAUGAGUUCUCCAACAAGGGGGCAGACGUCUUUUUGGAGUCACUGUCCAGGCUCAAUUACUUGCUUAGGGUGCACAGGAACGACGUCACUGUGGUGGUGUUCUUUAUAAUGCCCGCAAAGACCAACAACUUCAACGUGGAGACUCUGAAGGGGCAGGCUGUACGCAAGCAGCUCUGGGACACUGCUCAUUCCGUUAAGGAGAAGUUCGGCAAGAGGUUGUACGACGCCCUGUUAAAAGGGGAAAUCCCUGACAUGAAUAAGAUCCUGGACAAAGACGACUUCACCAUCAUGAAGAGAGCCAUAUACUCUACUCAGAGACACAGCCUGCCCCCAGUGACCACUCACAACAUGCUGGACGACACCACUGACCCAAUCCUGGCCAACGUACGGCGCAUUGGCCUCUUCAACGCCCGCACCGACAGGGUUAAGAUAGUGUUCCAUCCAGAAUUCCUGUCUUCCACCAGUCCUCUGCUCCCUAUGGACUAUGAGGAGUUUGUGCGCGGGUGCCACCUGGGCGUUUUCCCUUCUUACUAUGAGCCCUGGGGCUACACACCAGGUGAGUGUACAGUGAUGGGGAUCCCCAGUGUGACCACAAACUUGUCUGGGUUUGGUUGCUUCAUGGAGGAACAUGUCUCAGACCCUACAGCGUACGGGAUCUACAUUGUGGACCGGCGAUUUCGUUCGGCAGAUGAGUCCUGUAACCAGCUCACACAGUUCAUGUUUGGGUUCUGCCAGCAGUCCCGUCGACAACGCAUCAUCCAGCGGAACCGCACCGAGAGGCUCUCGGACCUACUGGACUGGAGGUAUCUGGGAAGAUUCUACAUACAUGCUCGACACCUGGCCUUAAGCAGAGCCUUUCCAGAAAAGUUCAAGAUGGACCCAACCGCACCUCCAACUACGGAAGGUUUCCGCUUCCCUCGUCCUCUUUCUGUGCCUCCCUCUCCCUCUGCCUCUCUGCACUCCACCCCUCACCACAGCGAUGAGGAAGAUGACGAGCCUUAUGAUGAUGAUGAGGAGGCAGAGCGUGACCGACAGAACAUCAAACAAAUCAAUUAAAUUAAUAAUUGAAUGGCCAGAACAGUCAGCCUAAGGAGAAUAGCAACUGGGGCAAUCCUAAUGGUCACUGGCAGCUUCACACAAACCUUUCUCCCAUUUUCAACAACCCAACCCAAAGCUCUCACUUCCUCUCACAGCUCUCUCUGGUUUCCAUAGCCUCCCUCACUCUAUAGCUGUGACCCCCCACAGCCCUUCUCCUCAUGCUACACCACUCUACCUGGCUCCACCCAUAGCCUUUCUCCUUGUUCUAGUCCUUCAAUUUUCCUGCCUUUAACCGUUGGAUGGUAGAAGACUGUGAUAAAUUCCAUGGCAAUGGACUUAGAUUAUGUUGGUCAAUGUUUUUUUUUAUUUCUGCAGGAGAAAUGUUAUUAAAUACUUAGAAUGGAGUAUUGCCAUACAAUCGAUACCACUUACCAUAAAUGUGCAUGCACAUUGAUAUGCUUAGAUGCUGCAAUGUUAUACCAUAGAACAGCAAUUAAUUGAAUUUAUAAACAGCUAUAAACAACACAUUAACAAACUGUACAAUUCCCAGAGUAAGGCAAUCGGCACUUGCCAUGGUGCUAGAAACACUGCAAUGAGCAAUUUGGUUCUUAAGCAUGCCUUUAUCAACACAAACAAUAUUACUUUGAUGUUAAUACAUUUAAUCCAGUGUUGGAAAACUGAAUUUCCUGAGGGCUACUUUCUUAAUAACAAAACUGUAGAAAUAUCAUUAAUGUUGUGAGCCCCCCACUAACCCAAUGGCGAAGUUAGCUGUGCAGGGCAAAGGUAUCUGUCUUUGUCCUUCAGGUGCUGUUGGAAAGAGGUUGAUGUUGUUAAA